AUGGCCUUCACGGACCUGCUGGACAGCCUAGGUGGCGUGGGCCGCUUCCAGCUCGUCUGCACGGCCCUGCUGCUGCUGCCCUGUACCCUGCUGGCCUGUCACAACUUCCUGCAGAACCUCACGGCCGCUGUGCCCGGCCACCACUGCCGGGGCCCCGUCAACCACACCGUGGCCGCCACCAACCGCUUGGGGGGCUGGCUGAGGGCUACCGUACCCCUGGACCAGCUCGGGGCCCCCGAGCCAUGCCGGCGCUUCACGGAGCCUCAGUGGGCCCUCCUGAGCCCCAACACGUCUGUCCACGGAGCGGCCACGGAGGGCUGCAAGGACGGCUGGGUCUAUGACCGCAGCGUUUUCCUGUCCAUCAUCGUGAUGGAGUGGGAUCUGGUGUGUGAGGCCCGCCCCCUCUGCGACCUAGCUCAGUCCAUCUACGUGGCCGGGGUGCUGGUGGGCGCCGCCGUGUUCGGCAGCCUCGCGGACAGGUUGGGCCGCAAGGGCCCUCUGGUCUGGUCGUACCUGCAGUUGGCGGUUUCGGGGGCGGCCACAGCCUACUUUGGCUCCUUCAGUGCCUACUGCGUCUUCCGGUUCCUGAUGGGCAUGACCUUCUCCGGCAUCAUCCUCAACUCCCUCUCCCUGGUCGUGGAGUGGAUGCCCACCCGGGGCCGGACCGUGGCGGGGGUCUUGCUGGGGUACUCCUUCACCCUGGGUCAGCUCAUCCUGGCCGGAGUGGCAUACCUGAUCCGCCCCUGGCGGUGGUUGCAGUUUGCUAUCUCUGUUCCUUUCCUCAUCUUCUUCCUCUAUUCUUGGUGGCUGCCAGAGUCAUCCCGGUGGCUCCUCCUCCAUGGCAAGUCGCACCUAGCUGUGGAGAACCUGCGGAAGGUGGCCGUUAUGAAUGGGAGAACAGAGGAAGGGGAGAGGCUGACCACAGAGGUGGUGAGCUCCUACAUCCAGAGUGAUGCAAAUGUGCACACCUCCAACUUCAUCUUCGACCUUUUCCGAACCCCGGCCAUCCGAAAGGUCACGUGCUGUCUCAUGGUGGUCUGGUUCUCCAACUCCAUGGCUUACUAAGGGCUGGCCAUGGACCUGCAGAAGUUUGGACUCAGUGAAUACCUGGUGCAGAUCCUGUUCGGAGCCAUAGACAUCCCGGCCAUGCUAGUGGCCACCACCACCAUGAUAUAUGUGGGCCGCCGGGCCACCGUGGCCUCCUUCCUCAUUCUGGCUGGGCUCAUGGUGAUCGUGAACAUGUUUGUGCCGGAAGAUAUGCAGACCCUGCGCACGGCCCAGGCAGCACUAGGCAAAGGCUGCUUGGCCAGCUCCUUCAUCUGUGUGUACCUGUUCACCGGAGAGCUGUACCCCACAGAGAUCAGGCAGAUGGGGAUGGGCUUUGCCUCGGUCAAUGCCCGCUUUGGGGGUCUGGUUGCGCCCCUGGUCACCACACUCGGGGAGUUCAGCGCCAUCCUGCCCCCCAUGGGCUUUGGGGCCACUUUGAUCCUGGCUGGGCUGGCUGUCUGCUUCCUGGCUGAGACCCGCAACGCGCCCCUGGUGGAGACCAUCGAGGCCAUGGAGAGGAGAGUCAAAGGAGGUCUUUCCAAGAAGGAUGCGCAAGAGAAGAGGGAAGAAGUUUCUCUCCAGCAGCUGGGCGCUUCUCCCCUCAAAGAAAUCAUCUAA